AUGCUCCAAAAGACAGGAACUGGAACCUGGCUGCCAGCAUGGGUUCCUGAAUCUACCUCAACGCUAUGCGUUCUGUUGAUGAUCUGCUCAAUCGUUCAAUCUGCAACUGGAGGGUAUGAUGGGUCUAUGCUCAAUGGGCUAAAUAUCCUACCAUCUUACACCGAUUACUUCAAUUUAAACGAUGCAACCACAGGUUUAAACACGGCGUCUGUAGCUAUUGGCGGAUUCCUUGGGCCAUUGGUAUCGGGCGUUAUGGCCGAUAGAUUAGGUCGACGCCCUGCCAUCUUCUGGGGGUCAGCUUUGACAAUUGUCGGGGUGAUUCUGCAGUCUGCUGCCCAAAAUAUUGCAAUGUUUGUUGUGGCUCGCGUUAUUAUUGGCUUUGGGUCCGCGAUCUCAGGCAUUGCUGGAGGGGUAUACCUUGCCGAAUCAUUUCCCAGUCGUUGGCGUGCAUGGGGAGUCGGACUGUUGAAUGAUUUCUACUAUAUUGGGGCCCUUAUUGCGGCGGGAAUAACGCUCGGAACUGGUCAGUGGGAGUCAACAUGGGCAUGGAGAGCCCCUUCGCUCUUCCAAGCGAUUUUCUCCCUUCUUUGCAUCAUCACCCUACCAUUUAUUCCCGAAUCUCCUCGCUGGCUCGUUCACCAAGGAUAUUACGCGGAGGCCCGGAUCGCCGUAGCGCAGACAAACGCGAACGGGAAUCUGACUGAUCCAGUCGUUAUCGCAAUUUUCAAAGAAAUCGUGGAUACCCUGAAAUGGGAAAAGGAAAAUGGACACGAUAUGAGCCCCAUUGAGAUUUUCAAGACUCCUUCCGCCCGAAAGCGACUCCUCAUUGGAAUGUCUCCCGGUCCGUUUUCUUGUAUCGCAGGUAAUAUCAUCGCGUCGUACUAUUUUGGAUCUGAGCUUGACACGGCUGGUAUUACCAAUACCAAUGACCAGCUAAAGGCAAAUGUGGUUCUCAAUGUCUGGUGUCUGGCAUGUUGCCUCAUCGGUACUCAUCUGAUAGCCAGAUGGGGACGAAAGUCCACAGCGAUGCUGUCCCAAAUCUUGUUGAGUUCAUGUCUUUUCAUCAUUGGCGGACUCUCAAAAAAAUACGCAUCUAACCCGCUUGGCGCGUCAAACUCCCUGGUUUAUGGCAAUGUCGCAAUGAUGUUCCUUUUCCAGGGGUUUUACUCGGUCGCAUGGACACCUCUUCUGUAUCUUUACCCACCCGAGAUCAUGAAUUACUCAAUUCGCGCAAAUGGAGUAGCUUUCUCCUCCUUUGUGCUUAACGCAUUUGCACUUGUGUUCACGUUCAUUAUGCCAAUCGGUCUUGGGAACAUUGGAUGGAAAAUGUACAUGAUUAACGCCUCAUGGGACCUUGUAAUUCUUGGCUUAAUCGCAUACUACUGGGUUGAGACAAAGGGAAGGACUUUGGAGGAGAUUGAUGCACUAUUUGAAGGGGAGAAACAUUCCUCGGUUCCUGAUGUCGAGAAGAUCCGACGCGGCCAGAAAGAGCUCGAUACUGACGUGGUGGAGGAGCAGCUGACUGCGGAGCUGGGGGUUGUGUCUACAGAGCAAUAG